AUGGUUCUGGCUUUCAUCAAUCUCCCCAUCCCGCCUUCCAUCUCUCAUAGUCCUUCCCUUUCUGCCCAGGCUCAUUCACGCCCAGACCAUCAUCAGCCACCCCAGCCCCCUGACCCAUCGACAGAUCUUGGUCUUGCAGAUCGAGCCCGCUUCUCCACGGAAUCCUUCACACAUCACAUCGAGCACUGCACUGCCUCGGCAUAUCCACAGCCUGAAUCGGCCUCACACCAUAUUCCAUGGUUUCAGACAGAAGAAACAGUCAGCCGUGUCCUGCCUGAACAGCGCAUUGCCCUCCAGCAGCCUCAAUCACGCACAUCCUUUCACACCAUCACACAGCCAACACGUCGCCAAGUCACCAUCAUUCCGCCUCACGAACAUGCCCAAUCACUGCCGAAGCAUAUCACAGCAUCAGAUCUCGACACAGAUCCACCGAUUUCACCAACACCUCAUUCUCAGCCAUCCAAGCAACCAGCCUUGAAGCAACCGCGCACCAGACCUUUCACCACCACACCCGCGUCUCUCCGACCCCAUCACGACCCACCAUGUCAUGAAGUGAGUCGACGACCGACGACCACUGUGACCACCGCCCGUGCGAGCAGCACUGCCCCACCAGAUACCUGUUCACACGUGAUUUGCUUUCAUCAUCUUCGCCCCUGCCCCACGAAGCGAACAUGA